AUGGGGCUCUCGGCGAGGUUGUUGCAGAAGAUCGUGCGGAACGAGGCCAUGGCCUCGGAUCCGCCCGAGAUUUACGGCUGGCGUGUCUAUCUCCUGGCCUGCUCGGCCUGCUUUGGCGCCAUGUCGUUUGGCUGGGACUCAGCAGUCAUCGGCGGCGUCAUUGUCCUCCCGCCCUUCGUCCAAGACUUUGGCCUGGGCGGAACCGACUCGGUCGCCGUUGCCAACCUGCAGGCAAACAUCGUCUCGACACUUCAAGCCGGCUGCUUUCUCGGGGCCCUGCUUGCCUCGCCCAUGACGGACCGCUUCGGCCGCAAGUGGUGCCUCAUUGGCGUGUCCAUGAUCAUCCUCGUCGGCGUCAUCAUGCAGGCCGCCGCCAACGGCAGUCUGGGCGCCAUGUACGCAGGACGCUUCAUUGCCGGGUUCGGCGUCGGCGCGGCCAGCUGCAUCAACCCCAUCUACGUGUCCGAGAACGCGCCGCGUGCCAUCCGCGGCCUGCUGACGGGUCUGUAUCAGCUCUUCAUCGUCACCGGCGGCAUGAUUGCCUUCUGGAUCAACUACUCGGUCAGCAUUCACUUCUCGGGCAAGAUAAUGUACGUGUUCCCGCUGGCCGUCCAGGCGCUGCCGGCGCUGCUACUCUGCGGCUGCAUGCUGCUCAAUGAGGAGUCGCCCAGGUGGCUGGCGCGCCAGGACCGCUGGGAGGAGGCCAAGCGGGUGCUGUCGCGGACCCGGAACCUGGACCAGGACCAUCCGUACAUGCAGGAAGAGUUCCAGGAGAUUGUCGACCAGCUCGAGCACGAGCGCCGAAUCACCGGCGACGCCUCGUAUUGGACCCUAACGAGGGAGAUGUGGACAAUAGAGGGCAACCGCAAGCGCGCCAUCAUCAGCAUCACCUUGAUGAUCUGCCAGCAGAUGACGGGGACCAACGCCAUCAACACCUAUGCGCCCCUGAUCUUCUUCAACCUAGGUCUGACAGGCCCCUCGACCAGUCUCUUUAGCACCGGCAUUUACGGCAUCGUCAAGGUCACGAGCUGCAUCAUCUUUCUCCUCUUCAUGGCCGACUCGCUAGGCCGCCGCCGCAGUCUGCUGUGGACGUCGAUCGCUCAAGGGCUUGCCAUGUUCUACAUUGGCCUUUACAUCCGCAUCUCGCCGCCCAUAAAGGGACAACCGGUGCCACCGGCGGGCUAUUUUGCCCUUGUGUCUAUUUUCCUGUUCGCGGCCUUCUUCCAGUUUGGAUGGGGGCCGGCAUGCUGGAUUUAUGCCAGUGAGAUCCCCACAGCGCGGUUGCGGUCCCUCAACGUGUCAUAUGCUGCGGCAACGCAGUGGCUUUUCAACUUUGUCGUAGCACGCGCCGUGCCAACGAUGUUGGUGACUGUAGGAAGCAACGGCUAUGGAGCAUAUCUCAUUUUUGGAAGCUUUUGCUUCGCCAUGUUUUUCUUCGUGUGGUUCUUCAUUCCCGAGACCAAGGGCGUCUCGCUCGAGCACAUGGACCAGUUGUUUGGAGUGACAGACGCUGCACCGGCAAAGUCGCUGACGACAGAGGAUUAUGUCAAGGAUGAAUCUCAUGUCACGGAGAAGCGGGUCGAUGUUGUGGCUUAG